CGCCCUACAAUAAUCAAAAGUGUCAAUGGAGGAAGCUAGCUUUAUGCUGACCGAAAUUCCGGGCGGUUUCAUAUCGCACCGGCCACACACGAUUGCCGGUGGACAUCAUCAUAGGUUUGCACCCUAUCCAGUGGUUUUGCACCAGCCACAUCUGCAACAGACGUCCGCCUCACCCGCUAUAUACACCAUUCCAUCGCAUCAUUUGUCGCAUCAUCAUGUCCAUUCUCAUCACGCACAUCCCGGACAUCAUCUGGCUCAUCAUCAUCACCAUGGGUCGGUCCGUUCAGCGAAUCGCCCAAAAAGUCCGAUCACCCCGCCGUCACAAGCCAUCGAGGAGGAAGGCACACACAUCGGACACCUGUACCCUGAAAUAUUGGCAAUGAUCUUUGCCAAGCUAAGCGUCAAGGAUCGUGGGCGUGCCGCUCAGGUAUGCACCGUCUGGCGGGAUGCUGCAUACGCGAAAAGUUGCUGGCGAGGCGUCGAAGCUAGUCUGCAUCUCCGGCGACCCUCACCAACACUUUUUGGCUCGUUGGUCAAACGAGGCAUCAAGCGCGUUCAGGUAUUAUCGGUACGGCGCGCACUAAAGGACAUCGUAACCGGUGUACCCAACCUGGAGUCGCUUAAUCUGAGUGGCUGUUAUAAUAUCACGGACAUGGCUAUUGGGCACGCGUUUGCGGCAGACUUUCCUAAUCUGAAGGUGCUCAAUCUGUCUCUCUGCAAGCAAGUGACCGAUUCGAGCCUUGGACGCAUUACGCAGCAUUUGAAGAAUAUUGAAGUCCUAGAGCUCGGUGGCUGCAGCAACAUCACCAACACGGGCUUGCUGCUUAUUUCGUGGGGCCUGAAGAAGCUACGACGUCUCAAUUUACGUUCCUGUUGGCACAUUUCUGACCACGGUAUUGGCCAUCUGGCUGGGCUGAGCAAAGAAACGGCGGACGGCACUCCGGCCCUUGAGUACCUGGGGCUGCAGGACUGUCAGCGUCUAUCAGACGAAGCUCUGCGCCACAUCGCCCAAGGUCUCACUUCGCUCCGGUCAAUCAAUCUAAGCUUCUGCGUGUCCGUCACUGACAGUGGGUUGAAGCAUUUGGCGCGUAUGUCGCGCCUGGAAGAGCUGAAUUUGCGCGCCUGUGAUAACAUAUCGGACAUCGGUAUGGCGUACCUGACGGAAGGCUGCAGCACGAUCUCAACAUUGGAUGUUAGCUUCUGUGAUAAGGUGGCCGACCAGGCCAUGGUGCACAUCUCGCAAGGACUAUUCCAGCUGCGCUCUCUAAGCCUCAGUGCGUGUCAAAUCACGGACGAGGGGCUUUCCCGCAUUGCCAAAUCGCUACACGAUCUGGAGACGCUCAACAUUGGCCAGUGUAGCCGUAUCACCGAUCGUGGGUUAGAAAUCGUAGCAGCAGAACUGGUCAACUUACGUGCCAUCGAUCUUUACGGCUGCACCCGGUUAACGCCUGAUGCGCUGCAAAAGAUUAAUCAAUUGCCGCGACUGUCGAAGGUUAAUCUCGGUCUUUGGCAUGUCCGGUGAUGUGCUCUAGA